AUGCAGGAGCUGGUGGCUGGUGUGGAGAAGAUCAGGUUUGACUUGGAGGCUGAUGUGGAGCGGCAGCAAGGAGCUCAGCCCCUGCCCUUCCUGGGUACAGACAAUGGGGGGGCUGUCUGCGAGCUCUUCCACUGAGGGCUGCGCACCAAGGGAGCGCAGUGCCCCUUGGGGCACGUCAGCGGGGUGAAGACGGUGGUGUGCAAGCACUGGCUGCGCGGGCUCUGCCAGAAGGGCGACGGACACGACUUUCUGCACGAGGAUGACGUGACCGAGAUGCCCGAGCAUUAUUCCUACUCCAAGUUUGGUGAGCACAGACACAAGGACUGUCCCUUCCUGCACGUUGAUGCCACUGCCAGCACCAGGGGCUGUCCCUGGUAUGACCGUGGCUUCUGCAGGCACGGUCCCCUGUGCGGGUCCAAGCACACCCAGAGAGCAAUGUGUGCCAACUACCUCGUCGGCUUCUGCCCAGAAGGACCCAAGUGCCAGUUCGUGCACCUCAAGGCCGGGCUGACGACAAGCAGCAAGGACCCCCCCAAGGGGCUGGGACAGCUGGAUCUGGCUGCUGGUGAGGAGAGCGGCCGCAAGGAUGAGCCACCCGUGGAGCCCCCUCUCCCAGGCACUGGUGCUACCCAGCAGCCGGCAGCGCAGCUGUGGGACCCCAAGAGCUGCCCCCCGGGCCCACAGAGCCUGCUUGAACGAGGAAUCUGCUUGAAGUGCGGCCAGAAAGGUCACUGGGCCAGUAAGCGUGGGAAGACUCGGCUGGGGAAGUGA